AUGAUCAGAGCUGGGUGGGGAAAGUCGAACACCUCCUGGUUGUGUACUCGUCCGACUCACAUACUCUCUAUCUUACGCAAAAGGUUGAUACAUAUUCCAUACGUGGACGAAAGCAAGCUCAUAAUAAAGUUUGCGCGGUCGUCAGGGCCAGGGGGUCAGCAUGUCAACAAGACAGAAUCUAAAGUAGAUAUGAGAGUCAGGCUGCAGGAUAUCAACCUCCCUAAAGAGGCCAUGAUUCGCUUGAAAGAUAUUUAUUCUUCCAAGAUCAACAAGAAUGAUGAGCUAGUAGUAACGUCUGAAGAACAUAAAAGAAACUACAACCAAUGCAUGGAGAAGCUGAAUGAUAUUCUCACUGAUGCCGCCACAUUGCCGAAGGAAAGAAACAUGAAUAGCAAAACCAAGGGAAAGUUUAAUGAUCGUCGUCUGGAAGAAAAGAAACAGCAGAGCAUGAAGAAGCUCGCUCGCAGAAAUGACUGUGACUGA